AUAAUCUAUCUAUUUUCCCUUAAAUUUAUUAAAUUUAUUUAAUUUCUUAUUUGUAACCACCAUCGACAAAAUCUGCUUUGCGUCCGUCUCGCCGUCUGAGCCACAUCCCGAUCAACAGAGUGUCUCAGGGUCCUUCUUCUUCAACGAUGUCCUCCACCAGAUUUGGAGAGAGAACUUUACAAGCAAGAGAGAAUGGCCAACAUAAUGGCCUAGAAAAUUUGGGUGAGACUUGUUACCUCAACUCCAUUCUCCAAUGCCUCGCUUCUGUGUUUGAUAUCAGGACCACAUCUAAUUUCAACUUGCCACGGUCCACAUUGUUGAAAGAAUUGUUACUUUGUUUUGGGUCCAUCAAUGGAGAAAGUGAUGAACAGUUUUCGCCUGUUGCAAUCCUCGACGCAGUGAAAGAAAGAUUUCCUUUGCGCCAGCAACACGACGCCCACGAACUGCUUAGAUUUCCGACAUGCUCGAAGGAAUCUUUGGCGGAGAAAUUAAAACUACAAUUAAAUGUGUGCACUGCAGUAAUCAAAGGAUUAACUCAGAGCAUUUCUUGGACAUUAGUCUUCCAAUUGUGGUCUCUGGUCAAGGCAGUGCAAAUAAUAAUGUGUCCUUAGAGGAAUGCUUAUCUGCUCACAUGGACGUUGAAUUCCUAGUCGGCGAAAAUUCGGUUGAAUGUGACAAAUGCCGAAGAAUAAUUGCUGCCAAGUACAACAAAACCCCUUUAGACUUCCCAUCAAUCUCAUCCCCCGCUGAGAAAAGUUCUAGGAUUUCUACACCACCUGCCAAUCUAGUGCUGCAUUUGAAGAGAUUCCUUGUCACGCCAAAUGGGAUCGUUAAAAGAGAUUCGCCCGUCAUCUUCCCAGCAGUUUUGGACAUGUCGACCUUCUUAUCAGAAUCAAUAGAGUCCAAGACAAUUAAGUACGACUUGUUCGGAUUAGUGGAGCACUUGGGCAACUUUGACGACCAAGGACACUACGUUGCCUACAGAAGAAGACCUAUCGAUGAAGAUUACUGGUUCAUUUGCAACGACGAAAAAGUGUCAAAAACAUGUCUCGCAAAUGUACUAAGCCGUCAGGCCUACAUACUAUUCUACAAAGAAAGCGAGUCGUCAGAGAUGCAGGAAAAGCCAGUAUCAAGCGGACUUCACGACAACCCAGUCCAAGAUAAUAUCCCAAUGGAUCAUCAAGUAGAAACUAUCUCGGAUGUUAUUUACAUUGAAAAUUUUGAUGAAUUAUCCCAAGAUUAUAUCGAAAUCCACUUUGAUUCGGAGGAUUCCGGCAUCUUAGCUUGCCCUGUGGCGGAAGUGCCGACUGAAGUAACAUCCCAACUCACAUCCGAAGUCGAAUCAAACAUCCUCGAUAAGACCAGAGCUCCAGAAAUAUCAUAUUUCAAGUUGGUCGAUCCAUUUGCUUCAAAUAAGAGUGACGUGGAUACAAAUUUGCAACAAGGACAUUUAGACGAACAAGACAUCUCUAUCAUCAACGACUAUAACAAGAACCCCAGGACAUGCGCCGUGUGCAACUCCUCUACUACUAUGAAAUGGCACAGAAAAGCUGAUGGGGAAAGAGUUUGUCAAGAAUGCGCAAAGAGAAUCCUUUUGGAAAGAAAAAAUAUUCAAUUCAAACGUGUCGAUUAUGGACCAUGUUCAAACUGCACGGCAACAAAAUCAAGUAGGUGGUCAACCAAAGUAGGUGGUGGGGAAGAGGGGACUUUGUGUAAAACAUGCUAUGACUAUGAACUUAAACACAAAUCCCCACGCCCAAGAAAAUCUUCUGGAAAAGGACGCCUCCCCGUUGUCAAAAACAGCGGACCUUGUUCCAACUGUGGGACAACAAAAUCAAAAAGGUGGAUUAUCCCAAAAGGUCAAGCAGAGAUCUUCUGUAACACAUGUUACCAAUUCCAACGUAAGCACAAAUCCCCACGCCCAAGAAUCUCCUCCGAUAAUGGCUCGUUACAGUCCGUUCUCAAAAACGGCGGACCUUGUUCCAACUGUUGCACAACAAAAUCAAAAAGGUGGACAACCCCCCAUGGGGAAGUGGGGACUUUGUGUAAAACAUGCUAUGACUAUGAACUUAAACACAAAUCCCCACGUCCAACAAUAUCUUCUGGAAAAGGACGCCUCCCCGUUCUCAAAAACGGCGGACCUUGUUCCAACUGCGGGACAACAAAAUCGGGUAGGUGGACUAUCCCAAAAGGUCAAGCAGGGAUUUUGUGUAACGCAUGCUACCAAUUCGAACUUAAGCACAAAUCCCCACGCCCAAGAAUCCCCUCCGAUAAUGGCUCGUUACAGUCCGUUCUCGAAAACAGCGGACCUUGUUCCAACUGCGGGACAGAAAAAUCAUGUAGAUGGAUUACCCCAAAAGGUCAAGCAGGGAUUUUGUGUAACACAUGCUACGUAUUCGAACGUAAUCACAAAAGACCACGCCCAAGUAUCCCCUCCGAUAAUGGCUCGUUACAGUCCGUUCUCAAAAACAGCGGACCUUGUGCCAACUGCGGGACAGAAAAAUCAUGUAGAUGGAUUACCCCAAAAGGUCAAGCAGGGAUUUUGUGUAACACAUGCUACGUAUUCGAACGUAAUCACAAAAGACCACGCCCAAGUAUCCCCUCCGAUAAUGGCUCGUUACAGUCCGUUCUCAAAAACAGCGGACCUUGUGCCAACUGCGGGACAGAAAAAUCAUGUAGAUGGACUAUCCCAAAAGGUCAAGCACGGAUUUUGUGUAACACAUGCUACCAAUUCGAACUUAAGCACAAAUCCCCACGCCCAAGAAUCCCCUCUGAUAAUGGCUCGUUACAGUCCGUUCUCGAAAACAGCGGACCUUGUUCCAACUGCGGGACAGAAAAAUCAAGUAGAUGGGCAACCCCAAAAGGUCAAGGGAUUUUGUGUAACACAUGCUAUUUCUAUCAACAUAGGGUCAAAAGACCACGCCCAAGAAUCCCUUCUGACAAAGGACGCCUCCCCCCUUCCUACAAGCCAGGCACAAAACGUUACAAAAACCAGUUAAGGUUGAGAUGGUCCGCUUUACAUAAGUUAGAAGGGCCAUGCUACAACUGUUACUCAAACACAGAGGCAUCUACUUUAGGAACCAACUUUUCUGACGAAGCCCUAUGCUACGAUUGUGCAGUGAGAAAAUACAACGUGAAGCCCAGCGAUAACCCACCGUCCCAUGCGUACACAACUACCUUGGAUGGGGAGAUUAUAAACGUAGAUCUCGAUGCAACCGAUUUCAAAGAUUUAAGUCAGACAUGGGUCUGCCCUUACAGAGACAAGGAGAAAUUGACUAUUGAAGGUUGUAUAAUUGGAUUCACUAAACAAAGGCUUGUAAAGGCUGUAACAUCCGUAAGACAAGUAAGUUUUACGGCAGUAUCGAAAAGGAGACAAAACCUUGGCUGCAGCCUUCGGUACAAAAUCCCACCAAAUUGUGACUUUGACCCAACCGAAGCAUUCUUUCUACCUCUACACGGGCUGGAUUACUUCGCAAACUUCCAUUUAAAAUCAUUAGCUCGACGCCGGUAUGAUGCAGCUUGUGUGAUGAAUCCACCAGAAUCAAGAAUAUACCUUGCUGACUUUACAAGACGACUAUCGCAAAGUCUUGACUCGUUUUUACAAAAUUUGGAUACGGAUGUGAGUCGAGUAUUACUAGCACGCACAAUACGCGUUUUAGAUGUGGAGCAAGAUGAGGAGCAAGAUCACGAUCAAGAUCAAGUCGACGAGGCCCAGCAAGAUUGGGAUGACGAGAUUGAUGGCGAAUCGGAUGACGAGAUUGAUGGCGAAUCGGAUGACGAGAUUGAUGGGGAAUCCGAUGAAGAUACAGGUCAUGAUUCCGAUGAAGAUACAGGUCAUGAUUCCGAUGAAGAUACAGGUCAUGAUUCCGAUGAAGGGACAAAUGCCGACUUCGAUGAAGAGGCAGAUUAGGCCUAAAACACAUAAUAAACUUACUUUCCCAACUGCAAAGUCGUCAGUGGUGGUGGUACCCUCACCGGUUACUUUUCCGGUGGGAAUCCUCUUCACCACAGUACUUCAGAUGGGCAUGUGUGUUAACAAACGAUAGAGAAAUGACAAUUUAUUACUAAUAUUGACUUUGUUACAUUUUUUUAUUAUACUUACCUAUACUAAACAUAUUAGUUAGACUUAAGACGUUCUUUCUUCUGUCUUUAAUUAACUAGUCUCGCGUAAUUUCAUUUUACUUUUUAAUUAUGUAACCGCUGACCAGCAAUAAAUAUGUAAACUGACUACAAA